AUGUCCUCACAGGCCGCUCAACAGUUUCUUUUACUAGCGAAAUCAGUACGUGGUUCAGCUGCCGUUGACUUAGUCACUCGUGUGCUCGAACAUCCGGAUAUCUUCGGUUUCGACGAAUUUCUCCGUCUCGAACCACUUGUUAAAUCACUCACCGCCGAUCAUGUCCAACUUUUGUCAACAUUAGAAUUAUUCGCCUAUGGUACUUUGUCGGAUUAUGAAUCUAAUCGCGAUCGUUUUAUCACAUUGUCUCCAUUAGCACGACGUAAAUUACAAUUGUUAACAUUGGCAUCACUUGCCGUGCAUGCUCGUAUAUUACCUUAUACACUUUUAUUGAAACAACUGCAGAUCGAAAGCGUGCGUGAAUUGGAAGAUUUGAUCAUCGAUGGAAUCUAUGCUCAAGUCAUUCGCGGCAAAUUAGACCAAUUGAAUGAACGAUUGAAUGUCGAAUAUGCGAUUGCACGUGAUAUUAAUUCCGUUGCCUUCGAUCGCAUGGAAGACGUUUUAGACAAAUGGUGUAAGAACUGUUCUGCUUUACUGAAUGUGCUGAAAUACGAAGCAACGAAAGCCAAUGAACAGAAGAAGAAAGCAUUGGACGAACAAGAUAAAUACGAUAAAGAAAUGUUAUCCAUGAUCAAAAUUGUUGAUUUACAAGCCCAGAGCGGAGGUCGUCGUGAUAAUAAUGAAAAUAAUAAUAAUUCAAGCACAUUGCAAACUUUACCAAAUAUGUUAAGCGGUAAUGCAGAUUCGAAACAAGGCGGCACGAAGAAAACCGCGAGACUAGCAGCAAAACGCUUCUUUCGUCCAUGA